UGAAGUACGACUGAUAAUUAAUGAGUAUUCGAAUGAAAAUAGUGGGGUGUGGAAUAAACAUGAUAAUUACAUAUAAAAGUUGGUAUUCUUUACGCAAAUUUCUAGACUAGAUAAAGUAUAGGUAUCAAAAAUGAAAAAUACGUGGUGUAGUACGAACGAUGUCAGAUGCGUUUAAGCGCGCGUAUCAUUGCUAACAUAAACAUAAUGAGUGCGCCGUGUGCGUGUGUAUUUGUACUAGGACGGUCGCGCGGGGGAAUAUUAUACGCAUGCGCAUAUCAGUCUGUGAUCUGAGUUGGUCAGAAAAUGGCGUCAGUCAAGUUUCUGGAGGAAGUACUCAGUAAGGACGUGGACGAAAACGCGUUCAGUGCAAUAGUGGUGUCUCUGGAAAGUGAACUUGUUACUAACACAUCGGUUGUGUCUACCGGCAACAGAAGUCACCCCCAGACUGGCUACAACAGCAAUGCUAACGCAGCUACUACAGCCGCGCCGCAAAAACCCCAACAGCAGCACUUGGUCAACGGUACCAGAGCCACCUCCUCGAUGAACAAGUGUAUAACUACCAAUAACAAUAAUAGUUUAAUGCCUGGCAUCAGUCAACCAGACUUCGUAAGCCAACAACAGCAGCAGCCUCAGCAACAGCAGCAUGUUGUCAACCCAACAUUGGCACACAACUAUGCAGCACCACAACCCAUAAAAUCACAGGAUACUGUGAAAGUGGUCUAUUCAAAUUCUGCCAAUAAUCGCAACUAUAUUCCAGUUAAUUCGUUGCCUAAUGGCACUGUUAAUUCAACUAUUGCAGGUUCUGGUACAUCAGUUGUAAUUAAAACUACUCCACAACAACAUCAAAGUUCACCACCAGUGUCUACGAUGACUCUUACAGGCCAGAUGUCCAAUCCAUCUGCAGUAUCAUCUAAUGUCAUCACAGUACCUAAACAAGUAACCCAAGGUGUUACACCUACCAAUUCACCUCAAACAAUUCUACCAGCCAAUGUACAGAUAUUAAAUGUAAACGCAUUGCGACCCCAAAAUUCACAAGGUGGAGUAAAUAAAAAUAUGCAACGUGUUAUGAUACCAGGAGUUGUUGGAGGUCGUCCUGGUGCACCAGGGCUUACUUUACAAACUCUUCAGCAAGCCCAAGGUGGACAUAUAUUACUUAAGACUGAAAAUGGCCAGUACCAAUUAUUACGUGUUGGUCCUGCAGCUCCAGGUCAAACCAACACUAUUACUCAAAAUAAUGCAAAUUUUAGAGUUCAGCCUGUUCCAACCGUUACAACUAGUAAUGUUUCUAUUGCUGCUACUCAUACUACACCUACUCAAGCUACAAGCCAACCUCAACAAGUUCAACAAAAAAUUCAACAGGACAACACUAAAGAUAAGUGUCGUAAGUUCUUAGCGAAUCUUUUAGAACUUUCUAGUAAAGAGCCUAAGCCUGUGGAAAGAAGUGUACGAACACUUAUUCAAGAACUAGUUGAUGCUAAAGUAGAGCCUGAACAAUUUUGUGAUAGGCUUGAAAAACUUCUAAAUGCUUCACCACAACCGUGCCUUAUAGGUUUUCUAAAAAAAAGUUUACCACUUUUGAGACAAUCCUUAAUGAAUAAAGACAUGGUGAUUGAAGGUAUUCGUCCACCACAACCUAGUGCCCUGACUCAACCUACUGUUGUUUUAGCUAAUCAACAACAGGUUACGAAUACUCAAAUAAUGGGUAAUAUUUUGAAUACUGGAUCAAGUCAGCAAACGGUGAGAAUAAUGACCACUCAACCAGCUUUAACACCAGCUAGAACUAUCAAUUCUAAUCAACAUAGGAUAAUUUCUCAACAAGUCAGGGUUCAAACACCAACUAGUAUUACAUCUGUUAAUAAAAUGGGUUCAAUUCGCAUUCAGCCUCCUGUAGCUACCUCAGGUUCAUUGCCUCCACCACUAACCUCAACCUCUUCUCCUCGUCCGGGAAUGAACAGUCGACAAAUGGUAGUCAAAGCAGUUCCCAUUAAAACAACUGCUGGAUCACAUAUAAAGAUAAAUAAUACAUUACCAGCUGUAGUUCAAACAAAUAAUAUAUCUAUGCCUCAAUCUCGAUUACCUACAACUCCAAAUGUGUUAUCACAGCCAAUGAUCAACAAAGUGCAAACACCAGCUAAUCUUACUUCUCCAUUUGUCACUUCAUCCAAACCUCCUUCUAAAGAAAAAGAAAAAAAAUCCUUUUCUUCUACAAAUUAUGUAGCUGACGAUGAUAUAAAUGAUGUUGCUGCUAUGGGUGGCGUUAAUCUAGCAGAAGAAACUCAAAGAAUAUUAGGAUCUACUGAAUUUGUUGGAACCCAAAUAAGAUCAUGUAAAGAUGAAAUACUAUUACCACAAAAUCCUUUAGUUUCAAAAAUUAAACAAAUAGUCAAUAAAGAAGGUUUAGAUGACAUAGCAACUGAUGUACCUGCUCUUAUAUCCCAUGCAGUGGCUGAACGCUUAAAAGAUCUUCUAGAAAAAUUUGCUGUAGUUGCUGAACAUCGUUUAGAUUUUAAUAAAGCUGAUCGACGUUAUGAAAUCACGAGAAAUAUUCGUGGCCAAAUUAAAUGUCUUGAGGAAAUUGAUAAAGUAGAACGUAAAAAACAAGAUGAAAUGGAAAGAGAAUUACUGUUACGAGCAGCCAAAAGUCGAUCCAAAAAUGAAGACCCUGAGCAAGCAAAAUUAAAAGCUAAAGCCAAAGAGAUGCAAAGGGUAGAAAUGGAAGAAUUAAGGCAGCGAGAAGCAAAUCUUACAGCUCUCAAUGCAAUCGGACCUAGGAAAAAGCUAAAAUUAGAACCUGGGCUAAGCCCUAGUCUUCAGAACCCAAGUUCCAAUACAAGUUUAACAAAUAGACAAAAUGUACCCAGGCAAAGGAUAAAACGUGUUACCAUGCGAGACACUUUAUUUGUACUCGAGCAAGAAAAAGAUAUUCGUAGAAAAGCUAAUUUUAUGUUUAAACCAUUUAUAAAGUGAUAAUCUACUCAUUUUAGUUUAAUCCUCAUUGCCGUUUCUUGUUUUGCAGUAUAUGGCUAGUCAUAUUGACUAUGAUUUUAUUUUUCACUGUUUGUCUGACUUGAAUUUUGUAUAGAAUAUUUUUCUAAUAACAAAUUAGGAUCAUUUGAACACCGGGAAAUUUGUUGAUUUUUGUUAUUUUGUUUUUUCUAUCACUGUUUUUUUUCUAAUCCUUGUGAUUUUAAGUGAAGCAAGGAAAUAGAUUAUGGACCACAUUUAUGUUAUGUAUAAUUGACUGCAGUGAAAACAAAAAAAUGAGAUGUAUCAAAUGUGGCACUCAUCAAGCCUAUGUUAAAGAAUAUGUAUUUUUAUACUGUAGAUAACACUAAUGUAUUUUUAGAGCAUGUAUGUUAAAAAAAAAAUAUUUUGUUUAUGUAAAAAGAAGUUAUUUUAUUCUUUUUUAUUAAGUUAUGCCCUGGUAAAAAUUGAGCACUCAUUAUAUUAUUUUGUAUAAUGUAUAUAUUUUUUUAUUAUAAUCAAUAAAAAUGAUAGGGUUCAGUGAUAUUCACAAAACAA